AUGUUUCAACAAGCACCCAUCCCCGAUUAUACAUAUUGGAAAACGGCAGGAAUUGUCCCUAAAAGCUUGAGCUCUUCUAUCGCUGUCGGCGACCUUGUGGCUCUUCGGCGCUUCCUCUCAGGUAAGCUAGACGAACCUAUCAACCGAUAUGGUGCGUCGCUGCACCAGGCAAUUUAUCGCGAGAAUGAAGAAGCCGUCAAUAUCUUACUACAAGCUGGUGCGGAUCCUCUUAAAGAGCCGGACACUUUCGACUUAGAGUACCCCACGACACCUUUAGGACUGGCUGCUCGGCUAAACAACCAUGCUAUUCUCAAAAAGAUCUGGCAACACAUCAAUCCUGAUAUCAACGGCUAUAACAUGCCAGGCUUCGAUAGCUGCUUGGUAGAAGCAGCACAAUACGGCGACACCGCUACACUAGGCGAGAUAUUGCGCUGGGGUCAGAAUAAUUGGUCGUCUGCGUCGAGAGGUAGGGCAUUACGUGCGGCAGCAGAGAAUUGGCAUGUUGAAAAUCUCCAGCUUCUCCUCUCCGAAAACAUCGCCUUCGAGAAAGAGGCACUGGACCUUGCAUUGGCUCAGGUAACAGUACCUAAGCUAUGUUUUGAACGUCGAGAUCAGACUCAGGCGGAGAUUGAUGCACAGUCGCAAUCAGUUAAGGUUCUUAUGGCUGCCGGGGCCGAUCCCAGUAAGCCUGGACCCCGUGGGAUUGAGCCUGUUCUCAUAUGGACUGCUGUUUGUCGCAAAUUGUAUUACUGUCUGAAAGCAUUGCUUGACAAUGGUGCGGACCCUAAUAUUACCAAUUGUCAAGGACAGACUGCAUUGCAUUACUUGGGGGCUCGUGUCAAGAGGGAUUCUGUAUGGCGUCGAAGGAGGGAGGACAAUGAGCCGACCGAAGCUGUAUUCCACACUCUUCUUGCAUUCAAUGCUUCUGUCCGCCAGCAAGAUCUAAUUGGAAAUACUCCUCUGCACUUUGCCGCAUAUGGAUCGCCUAUUAAAGUACUUCACCAACUUCUUUCAAGCAUACCAGUUGAGUCGCACAAAGAUGCGCUUACGAUGCGUAAUCAUAAUGGCGAAACGGCGCUGCACUUUGCCGCUGCAGGAGGCCGAGUCGACACUAUCAAGUAUCUCUUGUCUGACAACGUCGGAUUAGAUAUCAACGAAACUGCCUCCAUGGGCUGGACACCGUUGCUGAGGGCACUAGCACCCACAAAACCAAGUCUUGCAGGCCUAUCAUCCUCAAGGAAAGUCGAGGCAGCUCAGCUACUUCUGGCCCACGGUGCCGAUCCUUCUAAAGGUGCGCACGAUGGUUGGACACCGCUUCAUUGCCUCGCUAUGAUUCCUACCUAUGGGAAAAGUGAUGAAAUACCGCGGCUGGUCGAGACACUGCUGUUGGGUGGUGACUCUCUUGACAGUCGCGCUUCCUUUGCAAUUGACAGCCCUCCCAGUCGCCCAACACGAAAGCAUCGAGUACAAGACGAGAUAUAUUGGGGAUGCCGAGAGUCACAGUAUAUCGAAUCACCUAUUGAAUGGGGAAAGACUCGUCGUUCCGGUCUUACGCCAUUACAUAUUGCCGCGGAAUUUUGCGCACUUGAUACUGUCGAGGCGUUACUCAAACACGGAGCCGAUCCUACGGCUGAAGACUCUGAAGGUAACUCCCCAGCUAGAUUAGCGGGUUACUCCAAGAAAUAUUCCUCCAGCAGUGAAGUUCGAGGUACAGUUAUGACAAUUCUGAUAAACGCUGGAGGGACAUAUUGA